ACCCCUCAGGGACUAGUUCAGGGGCAGAGCGCCUGUUUAAUUUGGCAAUCAUCGGGGCUGCCUCUGCGGUGAGCCCAGGGGGAGUCUUGGGAGAGGGCACUGCCACAUUCUUAGGGCUAAGGGUGCAGCCCGCUGGUCUCUUUGGGGAGAUAGGGCCGGUCGGGCCUGGACAGAGGGUUGGCUGGAAAGCCACCGGGCCCGGGGAGAGCAGAGUUUGCCCCGUAUGGACUCAGCGAGACUGUGCCCUGAAGGAGCAGCCGCUGCUACAGUAUCCGCGGGAGCCAUACCCAGCCUUUCACAGUGCGGGAGGCCCAGGCCGGCCGGGGCAGAGCGAACAGGGCUCUGCUGUUUCACAGGCAGCUGCUUGGCCACCUCUGCUCCCGCUAGGCCCCGGCUCGGGCGUUGCUUGGCAGAGGGACGCCAGCUCUGAAAGGAGGAGGCCGGUCGGCGCUGGGUGCUGGACGGGUCCGGGUCCGCCUCGCACGGCAGGAUGGGGCUGGAGAUGGAGCCGCUCCUGCAGGCCUGGAGCUACUUCAGGCGGCGGAAGUUCCAGCUCUGCGCGGAUCUCUGCUCUCAGCUGCUGGAGAAAUGCCCCGGACACCAGGAGCCUGAUUCUGAAUUCACAGUUUCUCAGGCUGCUUGGAGUUUGAAAACAAGAGCUCUAACAGAAAUGGUUUAUGUGGAUGAAAUUGAUAUAGAUCAGGAGGGAAUAGCAGAGAUUAUGCUUGAUGAAAAUGCCAUUGCUCAAGUUGCACGCCCAGGAACUUCUUUGAAACUCCCUGGAACCAGUCAAGGUGGAGGUCCCAGUCCAGCUGUUAGGCCAGUGACUCAGUCAGGAAGACCUGUUACAGGGUUUGUGCGACCCAGCACACAAAGUGGACGACCAGGCACUAUGGAACAGGCUAUAAAAACUUCCAGAACCGCUCAUACUGCUCGCCCAAUUACUAGUGCUUCUGGAAGAUAUGUCAGACUAGGAACGGCCUCUAUGCUCACAAAUCCUGAAGGUCCUUUCAUAAACCUGUCUAGAUUGAAUUUAGCAAAAUAUGCUCAAAAACCAAAGUUAGCAAAGGCAUUGUUUGAAUACAUUUUUCACCAUGAAAAUGACGUUAAGAAUGCUUUAGAUUUGGCAGCACUUGCCACAGAGCAUGCACAGUACAAGGACUGGUGGUGGAAAGUCCAAAUUGGGAAAUGCUACUAUAGGUUAGGAUUGUACCGUGAAGCAGAAAAACAAUUUAAAUCAGCUCUCAAGCAGCAGGACAUGGUAGAUACAAUACUAUAUUUAGCAAAAGUGUAUUUUCGGUUGGAUCAGCCUUUGACAGCUUUACAUGUUUUCAAGCAAGGAUUAGUUAGAUUUCCUGGAGAAGUGACCCUUCUUUGUGGAAUUGCCAGAAUCUAUGAGGAAAUGAAUAACAUCUCCUUAGCUGCAGAAUACUACAGAAAAGUCUUAAACCAAGAUAACACUCAUGUGGAAGCCAUUGCAUGCAUUGGCAGUAACCACUUUUAUUCAGACCAACCUGAGAUAGCUUUGCGGUUUUACAGACGUCUCCUGCAGAUGGGUGUUUAUAACUGCCAACUAUUUAACAAUCUGGGCCUCUGUUGCUUCUAUGCCCAGCAGUAUGAUAUGACACUGACCUCCCUUGAGCGUGCACUUUCUUUGGCUGAAAAUGAGGAGGAGGCAGCAGAUGUUUGGUACAACUUGGGGCAUGUGGCUGUGGGAAUAGGUGACCUGAACUUGGCUUACCAGUGUUUCAAGCUGACCCUAGCCAAUAAUAAUGAUCAUGCAGAAGCUUAUAACAACUUGGCUGUGCUGGAGAUACGAAGGGGUCACAUUGAGCAGGCAAGAGCAUUGCUGCAGACUGCCUCAUCUUUAGCACCUCAUAUGUAUGAGCCCCAUUUCAAUUUUGCAGCACUCUCUGACCAGGUUGGAGAUCUCCAGAGGAGUUUUAUAGCUGCUCAGAAGUCAAAGGAAGCAUUUCCAGGUCAUGUUGAUACACAACAGCUCAUCAAACAGUUAAAACAGCACUUCGCCAUGCUUUGAUGCCAUAUUUCUGUCAUGUAAAAUAGUUCAAAUGAUUUUACAGAUACUGUAAAAUACAUUUUACAAAAUAAUAGCUGAGAAUUAAAUAGGAACAAACCUUCCUUAUUAAAAGGCUUGUGUUUGGUUUGGGUAGCAGGAAAUGUUUAAAAAAUUCUGAACUGACUUGUAACAUAAUAUGCAAGACAUUUCACUUUUUACAUGUGGCUAGAACAACAUUGUAAUUAUUUCUGAGUAAAGAAUAAGAUAUUGCAACUCUGAUAAUAGUGUCAGACAAUUCUCCAUUUUAAUAUUCAGGAAGCAUUUUAAGGGAUUUUUCCCUGACUUUUUGGCAAGUUUUUAAUGUUCUUCUUUGACAGUGCAGCAUUGAGGCAAAAAGGUUUCGUGUCUGUCUUUCAAGCAUGGCUUUUGAUACUGUACGUUCUUACUGAUUAGUUUGUGUAUUAAGUUCUUAGGAGUACAGUUUAUGAAUAAAUUCCUUGUUAUAUGA